CGCACUCUUCACUAAAUAUUUAGGAGGCGUGUCACAUGAAUUGAACAAUUACAAUGGCAAAAAUAAUUAAUGUCCAGGGAUAUGACGCUUAUAAAACUGCAGUUAAAGAGAACUCUGGGAAAACUAUAUUUGCAUUGUUUACUGGAUCACCCGGAGAAGACGGCAAAAGUUGGUGUCCCGACUGUGUAACGGCUGAUCCUGUAGUACAAAGUAGUUUGUCCAAACUGCCAGUAGAUUCUGUGUACAUACACUGUGGUGUCGGAGAUAGAACAUUCUGGAAAGACCAGAACAAUGUUUUUCGCACAGAUAAAGAUCUACGAUUAAAAAGCGUUCCGACUUUGAUGAAAAUUGGACAGCCAAACAGAUUAGAAGAGGAACAAUGUGCCAAGCCCGACCUUGUGGAGAUGUUAUUUUCAGACGAGUAACAAGAAUACACAUACACAUGGACUAGUCAGUUGAACUGUUGUCAGAUAACGAGACAUUCCUGAUACAGAACUGCAUUUAAAAUUUAUACCUUGAAAACUAAAAUGUGUAACAGACACGGGAAAUAAUAUAGAGUAUAAUUACUGAUCAUAUGAUACAUCAUAUCAUCAUGCUUCAAUUGGACAGAACACUUUUCUUUGUAUUGUAAAUGCUGUUACAUAAAAAAAGUUAUUCCGUAUUCAAGUGACCUAAUUUCAGUUGUAAACCAACACGCCUCAUAAUUCAGGUGAACAAUGCAUGGAUAUAUUGCCAUUUGACAUCAGAAAUACAGAAAUACCAUGUAUUCAAUAAAACCAGUUCAUUUCUU